UUGGAUAAUCCCGGAGUAAAUAAAAAAUAUAUAAGACCUGAUUGAAGCGUAUCAUUAGUAGUGUUGCUUCUUUCAAUAUAACUGGAAUUGGAAUAAGCUUUUUUUUUGUCAGCUGAGAAUGGGCAAAACAAAAGACUCUGAAGUGGAGGAGAGACCCAAAUGGGACAACAAGUUUCAGUACUUGUUAACAUGUAUUGGAUUUGCAGUGGGUCUUGGAAACGUCUGGCGUUUUCCCUACCUAUGCCAAAUCUAUGGAGGAGGCGCAUUCCUCAUCCCAUACUUCAUAGCGCUGGUGUUUCAGGGCCUCCCUCUGCUCUACCUGGAGCUGGCUAUAGGACAGAGGCUUCGCAUGGGCAGCAUCGGUGUCUGGAACUCCAUCUCACCACUGCUGGGUGGAGUUGGAAUUGCCUCCAUGUGUGUGUCAUUCCUGGUGGGCAUUUUCUACAACACCAUCCUUGCCUGGGUGCUCUGGUACUUCUUUCACUCUUUCCAAAACCCCCUGCCAUGGAGCCAGUGUCCACUCAAUGAAAACCUCACAGGCUAUAAUGUGGAGUGUGUGAAGAGCACUCCAUCAAACUACUUCUGGUACCGCGAGACCCUGAACAUCACAACAGACAUCGAGAUCAACGGCUCCCUGCAUUGGUGGCUGAUAAUCUGCCUGGCCAGCGCUUGGUGUGUGGUCUACAUCUGCUUCAUCAAAGGCAUUUCUUCCAUUGGAAAGGCUGUGUAUGUGACAGCCACAUUCCCUUACCUGGUGCUGACUAUUUUCCUGAUCCGAGCCCUCACUCUGCCCGGAGCAACUGAUGGACUGCUGUACCUCUUCACUCCUGAUUGGGAGAUACUGAAGAACCCUCAGGUGUGGCUGGACGCUGCCACGCAGAUCUUCUUCUCUCUCUCUGUGGCAUUUGGAGGUCUCAUAGCUUUCUCCAGUUAUAAUGCAGAGAGAAACAACUGUGAGAGGGAUGCUAUUCUAGUAGGAGUAAUAAACAGUGCCACCUCUAUCUACGCCUCCAUUCCCAUCUUCUCCAUUCUGGGAUUUAAAGCUAACACCGCCUUAAACUCCUGCUUAAUGGAGAACAUCUUGGCUCUGACCAACCACUUUGAGUUUUCUGACCAGAACAUAACAUUAGAUAACUAUGAUCACUGGGUAGAGUAUCUAAAUGGUACAUCUCCAGGUGAGAUUGCCAGUUUGAACCUGAGGCACUGUGACCUGCAAACAUUCCUUGACCAGAGCGCUUCAGGUACUGGCCUGGCUUUUAUUGUGUUCACCGAAGCAGUGGUGGCGAUGCCAGGCUCGCAGAUAUGGGCCGUACUGUUCUUCAUCAUGCUCUUCAGCUUGGGUCUGUCUUCCAUGUUUGGCAACAUAGAGGGAGUCCUCACGCCCAUCAAGGACCUCAAACUAGUGCCCAAGUGGAUCCCUGAUGGAGUUGUAACAGCGAUCAUCUGCUUGGUAGCCUUCUUAACGGCUCUCAUCUUCACGAUGGGUUCAGGGAACUACUGGGUGGAGGUCUUUAACAGCUACGUGGGCUCCGUACCUCUGCUCAUUAUUGCUUUCUUUGAGAUUACUGCAGUCGCUUAUGGCCGUGGAAUGAAAACGUUCAGUGAAGACAUCUAUUUCAUGACUGGGAAGAGGCCCAACAUUUUCUGGAAAGCAUGCUGGAUGGUGAUCAGUCCUUUAAUGCUUCUGGUGGUGUUGGUUGCAUACGUGGCCAUCCAGGCACAAACACACCCCUCUUAUCCCGCAUGGAACCCGGCCUAUGAGCUAUUCCCGAAAACUGAAGUUAAGCCUUAUCCCGACUGGGUGUUUGCCAUAAUCAUCCUCCUCUGUGUAGUACCUGUGAUUUCCAUCCCUUUGGUGGCGAUCUACAAACUGAUCUGCUCUAGGAUGAAGAAAUCCUCAGCUCCCAUUGAACUAAGCCCCUACUACAAUGACGGCUUUGAGGGUGAAACACAGGAACAGAAGAAGCAGAGAGCUUAAGGAACGUUGCAAGUAACAAUCUUACUGCAAAGAAAAUAAUUCCUGUGAAAAUGAUUACAUGAAAUCUUAAACUUCUUCUAUAUUUAUACAGAGAACUUUGAAUCCUGAGAGCUCUUCAUGUGUGAUACAUCUGAAAUACAUCAAAAUCAUAAUAUGACUCACUCAUGUGGCAGCUGACAACAUUUCUGGGAACUUAUUUACAUACAAAUCAUAUUCCAAAUGACGUCAUGUCCUCUUUGUGCAAAUUAAAGUCCAGAGGGACAAACGGCUGUUGGAUGAGGCGGGGUCUAGUACAGUAUUUGGAUGAUUCUUAAUUGUCCAUCUUUAUGGAUCUGGUGGUUGUUGUGUUUUAUAGAGUGUGUUUAUGACUGAGGUUUAUCGCUUCAUUUUUUUAUAUCAGAUGACUAAGAUGACUUCUCGAUAAAAAAGUUCCAGACAAUGUGCAAUACAAUGUUUUUGGGCACACUAAAGUUCAGAUAAAUUCAAAUCACUGAUUUUAAACCUGAGGAUGAGGAAAUAUUUUAUUAGGCAAAACUCACAGCAUAAAAAUGUUACAGACAAUCUGGAAUAAAUACAUAUCUUUAGGUUUGAGUUGCUGAGGGUUUCAUGGUUGUGUGGUUGGUGGUCUACAUCUGGAUGGCCAAGAAGUCGACUGGGGUUAGUGGCCCCUCUGGCCAGCCUCAGGUUCCCCAAGAUGCUGCUGUGCUUUCCUGUUGAGACGAUGACAGCACAGAAUGGAAAUAUCCUUUUUACUAUCUUUGAUGGUGAACUGUAAAAUUCGCCCGCCUGAAAUAUUCCCAGCUCCCGUAAAAUGUAAUUAAAGGUGGCAAUAAACUGACUUGUGUACAUGUAAGAUCCUGGUGUAAGAUUUGUUGGGUUGGGUGUUUCUCUCACAAAGUCCACAUUUAAAGGGAUUGGCCUUCCAAGAAAGUUGUAAUUAUGAUGUUUUCAUAUAGUUCAUUUAUGAUGUUUUUUUCACAAGGAGGCAGAUGUCUUAUUAUUAUUAUUAUUAUUAAUAUCUACCGACACAACGACAGGAACGGUCAACAAUUAAUUUUCUUUAUGUCGUUGCAGUUAUGACACAACUCUAACCACAUUGCACCGCCCAAUAUUGAAAUUGUAUUUCCCUUUUUGAAAUAAAUUAUGCUAUAAAAAGAAUAUGUCAUGAGAACGACUGCUUCAAACUGCAUAAUGCCGGUCUGGGCCUUCCUGCCUAAAUCAGU